CAAAUAGGAAACGUGCAGCUUCAGAUUACGCAAGACUCCCAAGGUUCAGAGGCAGCACUUAGUACGUUGCCUUUUGACACGCAAUGACAUCUAGAAAUAGGAAUGGGGUCUGGAUUUUGUCACCAGUGUCUAUGUAACAGACACACAGAAAUGUGUGUUGAGUGAUGGCUUAGCUCAAUUUGGUGUGUUUGGACACACACUUCAUCUGUCAGAAUGAGUGGUGUGGCCCUGGGCAUCGAGAUUGUGGUGGUGUUUUUCCUGGCACUGUUCCUUCUACACCGCUAUGGAGACUUUCGCAAGCAGCAUCGCAUGGUCUUGUUUGCAACUCUUCUUGCCUGGUUCCUUUGCUUCUUGAUCGUUUUCAUCCUGCCGCUGGAUGUCAGCACGAGUAUUUAUAACCAAUGCAAGAUUAAUAGCAACAAGGAAAAGGCUGCCGUUUUACCAACAGUAUACUCAAAUCAGUCGACAAAUUCUUCUAUUUCUCCAACGACAAGUACAAAAAAGGUCUGUCAUAAGCCUUGGAGCUACAUACCUGAUGGAAUUCUACCUGUGUUCUGGCGAGUAGUAUACUGGACCUCACAGUUUUUGACAUGGUUGCUCAUCCCGUUUAUGCAGUCGUAUGCACGCUCUGGAGGCUUCUCCAUCUCGGGGAAGGUGAAGACGGCUCUGAUUGAAAACGCCAUCUACUACGGCACCUACCUGCUCAUCUUCUGCUCGCUGCUCAUCUACGUGGCCGUGAGCCCCAAGCUCAAUCUCUCAUGGACUCAGCUGCAAGUCAUCGGUAUUACAGCAGCCAACACCUGGGGCUUGUUCCUGCUGGUGUUGUUGCUGGGCUAUGGCUUGGUGGAGAUCCCGCGCUCUUACUGGAAUGCCUCCUGUCACGGUCACCUGCUAGCCAAGACCUACUUCAAGGCCUCCAAGCUGAUGACGGAGAAGGCCGACGCCGAGGAGAAUCUGGAGGACGUCAUGGAGGAUGUGAGGAAUGCCAGUGAGGCAAUCAAAUAUAACCACCCUCUUAGGAAGUGCAUUGACACAGUUUUAAGAAAGAGCCCUACUGAGUACCAGGAGAAAAUGGGCAGGAACAUGGAUGACUACGAGGACUUUGAUGAGAACCGUAACCCGUGUCCCAGUAAAAAGAGCCUGGUGAAGCUGCACAAACAGGUUAUCUACGCAGUGCAGCGGCACAACCGCACCCAGGUGCAGUGGCAGGCGCUGCUGGAGGAGGCCUUUCACCUGGAGGACGUGGCUAAGAAUGAGACCAGUGCCGCCCACCAGUUUGUGCACAGCUUCCCCUCCUCAGAGCCACCCGGGUGGCUUAGCAGAGUCCUCUAUACACCCACCAUAGAGUGGUACUGGGAGUGUCUGCUGCGGCGCUGGUUCUACAGGGCGCUGGCCGUGCUCCUGAUGCUGGUCUCCGUGGCGGUGGUCUGGUCCGAGUGCACCUUCUUCAGCCCCCGUCCCGUCCUCUCCCUCUUCGCCAUCUUCAUCCAGCUGGCCGAGAAGGAGUACAACUACUUUUACAUCGAGAUGGCGUGCUUCUUCACCAUAUUUUACCUGUGCUACUGCGUGUACUCCACCGUGUUCCGCAUCAGAGUCUUCAACUACUACUACCUGGCCCCGCACCAUCAGACGGAUGCCUACAGCCUGCAGUUUAGCGGCAUGUUGUUCUGCCGACUGACUCCACCCCUCUGUCUGAACUUCCUGGGUCUGAUCCACAUGGACUCCACCAUCUCUGGCCAGCAAAGAGAGCAGACCGCCUACACUACUAUUAUGGGGUCCAUGAAGGUUCUCUCGUUCAUCGCUAAAGGGUUCUACAUCUACUACCCCAUGCUCAUCCUGCUGCUCUGCAUUGCGACCUACUACAGCCUUGGAACACGCUGUCUGAAUAUGCUGGGCUUCCAGCAGUUCAUGGGCGAGAGCAACAUGACCACAGACCUGGUGGAUGAGGGCAGAGAACUCAUCAAGAGAGAGAGGAGGAAGCGUCAGAGAACAGAGGAUGGGGAGAACCGUAGGAGAGAAUGGAGGGAACGGUACGGAGACCCACGAGAAAAGUAUGCCAGCCGGAAUCGGAACACGUAUUCGGAACUGAAGGAGAACAACGAGUCAGUUAUGAACAGCAGUGCAUUUGCUCCACUGUCCAGGAGAGACCGGAGUGACCAGACUGAACUCCUGCAAGACGCUGAACCUUUAGACUUCAACGCAGAGGAGAUCACAGAGACCGAGGACCGGCGGUACACUGGGGGGCGCUAUCUAGCCACAUCAUUGUCUCGUGGUCGCAUAUUUGACGACAUCUGAGUGAAACGUACAUCCCAGUGACAAUACUGACAGACUUUUCUUACUCUGACCCUACGAGUGGACAAUGGAGGAUAUUGUAACGGAAUUAUCAUGAUGUCACCAGACUUGUGGACCUUUUUAGGACUUUGUUGAGCUGUUUCCUGGUGUUUUCAUAGUCAUUGUGUUUAUUUAUUUGGGGCUUGCACAGUUGUGUAUGGUUCUAACCAGCCGAGGGCUUCUAACCAGCCGAGGGCUCCAGCAUUACAUAGGGUGGAUCCCGUUUCGUUCACUGCACGAAUGAACGAGUGAAGCUUUUUCAGAAGGGAACUAGCUUCCAAAAAAUGUCUAUUUUUAUGCAAAGGGAAUUGUUAAAGAAUCACAGAAGUGCUGGUUUUGAACACUAUUGCAGAGACCCCAAAUUGAGAGCCCUUUUUUUUGUGUGUGUAACAUUAUUGUGUAAUAUUGCUUAAAACCCCUAGCAAAGAGUCUGUAGUGGAACAUUGUGAAGUGGCACUUCAGCACUAUCAUGUGGACAGAAGUUAAUGUAGAUCUCAUCAUCAGCGUUUCUGUGCUCCUGAAGCAUUGGCUGGAAUUUGGUGGUAGAUGGUGUUUUCCAUCAAAAGUGCCAAGACCGUAUACAAUCUCCUUAUUUUGAGCCCAUAGAAAGGACACCACAUAGCUGAAUUUCACAAAAAAAUAUGUAUUGGAUUAGAGUCUCAGACUACACCUUUAAGGUAGAAUAGAAAAUUAGGGAGGCCUUUUAAUCUAUUCACCAGUAGAGCUAAUACAUAAGAUUAGUGUUCCAGCUCAGAUGUAACAGUCAGAACUGAGGCCACUUGGUAAAUAAUCAUCUCCACUUCCAUUGUCUUUUAGUUGUUAUCCUUUUGUUUGUUUUUUUCCUCUUCUGUAAACAAAUGCCCUGUAUCUGUGAGCCUCCUGUGGAAGACGUCUCUGUAUUGUUGUAUGAGAGCCGGUCACCUCCUGACCCUUCACCCCUGGUGUGGUGCAGCCUACCCAUGGCACCACAGGGCUUUCCAACACAACAACAAGAAGUGUCACCUCUGACCUCAGGGAUAGCUUUAGCCCAAAAAGGGUCGUCCCCCCCUGACGCACAUGCUUCCUCUUCAGCUUGCUUCCUUGUAGGUAUACGCUGCUGCCAGUUAACUGUUUGUUGGCCCGCAGUUCCAUGUUGGUGUGAGCAGGGGAAUCAGUGAUUCUUACCCACUGCACAGGCCUAUCUGAUCUGAAAACAGUUAGAAGUGAUAUAUGUUUGCUUUAUGUCCGUGUUUGUAAGGGGACUGCCAGUGCCUUGAGUUCAUAGUGGCAGAAUGGAUGUAAAGAGACACUGGUCCAGUGAAAGAUUGGCCAGACUAUUUUUGAAAACUCAUUCCUUUCGCAUAUCAUGUAUAUUUUUUAUUAACAUCCCCCUUUUCAUUGUAUGUGUUACUUGGUCUGACUUGGAGGUUUUUUUUUUUUUUCUUUCUUUUUGAGGAAAUUUGUGUAAA